AUGAAAGCAGCCAUAGUAGCUUACCAGCAAACUCAACUAAUAAGGAUCGACAAGGGCACCGGAUGGCAGCCUCAUCAGUUUGCACCAGUCAUACUGUGUAAGAUCAUAAGCUUCUGGCCAAGUUUUUUUAAUAGCGAUUUCUCUCGGUGCAUCUCCUGGGGAUAGCAGUGUGCCUCUGUACACAUUACUGAAGACUCCGUUAGCAUGUAAGCGUAGGUUUGUCAUUCUAAGUUUCACAUUUCUCAUGUCUGGCAUUUCUUUGGCAGGCUGUUCUACGAUCUUGUCGGUCAUGUUGGUGAGUACACAAUACGUCGACCAUCCACGAGUGUUAAAACUAAACAAAUGAACCUCCAGCACUUGAUGAUGAUCAUGUUGGUGAAGCAUAAUCGCUAUCUGAUUAACGACGGAUAUCGGCAUACCAAACAAUUUACAUCUUCAAAGAAAACCGGAGAAAAGCGGCGAAUCUUCUGGGGCCGGAAUAUUUUCAGGGUCUGGAAGAGAAGCUGCUUUACCAACUAA